GUCGCAAAGAGCCGUGUCGUAAAGCGCGGCGGGAGAUGGCGGCCGUGGUGCAGCCGUGGGUCGGGCCGGGGCUGCCCCGGGACUGGGCCGAGGAGCCCGUCAGCACCGGCACCACCAUCAUGGCGGCCGAGUUUGACGGCGGCGUCAUCAUCGGGGCCGAUUCCCGCACCACGACCGGGUCCUACAUAGCCAAUCGCGUGACGGACAAACUGACCCCCAUCCACGACCGCAUCUUCUGCUGCCGCUCGGGCUCGGCUGCCGACACCCAGGCCGUGGCUGAGGCCGUCGCCUAUCAGCUCGCCUUCCAUAGCGUGGAGCUGGAGGAGCCGCCGCGGGUGCGCACGGCCGCGCGCCUCUUCCAGCAGACGUGUUACCGGUACCGCGAGGAGCUCAGCGCCGGCGUCAUCGUGGCCGGCUGGGACCCACGGCGAGGGGGGCAGGUGUACGUGGUGCCGCUGGGGGGGCUGCUCCUGCGCCAGCCGCUGGCCGUGGGCGGCUCCGGCAGCUCCUACGUCUACGGCUUCCUGGACGCAGCCUUCAGGCCCGGGCUGAGCCGAGCCCAGUGCCAGGAGCUGGUGACGCGCGCGCUGGCGCUGGCCAUGGCCCGGGACGGCUCCAGCGGGGGGGUGCUGCGCUUGGCGGCCAUUACAGCGGAGGGAGUGGAGCGCAGCGUGCUCAAGGGGGCGGAGCUUCCGGGGGGGGACGGCGGGCCUCUGCACUGAGCGG